GAUUCUCUCGUGACCGUAAGGCUCUCGGAGCCGCCAACGCUGACGUUGGAGACCGCCUCUGCUCGAAAUAGCGAUAUCCCCGAGGUGCCUGCGCUGCCAGCGACCAGCGAGCCGAUCGAGGAUCCUACAAGCUCCAGCUCCAGCUCUGAUGCGCCAGACGCCGCCCGAAACUCGACCGCCACUUUGUCUGCCUCCGCCGAGGCAAACCGUAGCCUCCAUGAUGAACUCGGAGAGUAUGACGAUGCCGAUAGCGAUGGCUCAGAUUCAGAGGAGGUCAAUUGGGAAAAGCUUGAAAAGACGGAAGACGAACAGACCAAAGACGAAGAGACUGAUAACCUCGUCGAGAAGCCUCCGCCAAACAGGCCGCGCCCGCCAUCAAUGGCCAUGCUCCGCAAGAUGGUUCGAGGGCCCACGCCCGCCGCGUUGCGAUACUCGAUGCUGCCUCCGCCGCCCAUGACAGAUCUCGAAUUCUACGCUGCUCUCGUCAAGGACUACCAGCAGACCGCGGCCAGGCUGCCCACACUGCUGUCCAACAAGAUCCGCAAGGGAAUCCCCCCGCCGCUGCGAGGCGUGGUGUGGCAGAGCAUGUCUGGCUCUCGAGACCACGACUUGGAGGAGCAGUACGAGCGACUCAAUGGCGAAUCCAGCCCGUAUGAGGGUCUCAUUGGCAAGGAUCUCGGCCGGAGUUUUCCUGGCGUUGAAAUGUUUCGCGACCCUGACGGAGACGGCCAGCGCAUGCUUGGACGAGUGUUGAAGACGUUCAGUCUGUACGAUACCAAGAUUGGAUACUGCCAAGGCCUCGCAUUUCUCGUUGGCCCUCUGUUGAUGCACAUGCCUGACAAGCAGGCAUUCUGCAUUUUGGUUCGACUCAUGGAGCGCUAUGAUUUGAGAAGCUGCUUUCUGCCAGACCUUUCGGGACUCCAUGUGCGAAUAUACCAAUUCCGAGAGCUCUUGAGAGCCAAUCUCCCCUCGCUGUGGAGCCACCUGGAAGAUCUGCAAGUAGAAACGGCCUAUGUCUCGCAGUGGUUCCUCAGUUUCUUUGCAACCACCUGCCCCCUGCCGAUGCUAUUCCGCAUUUACGACGUGAUUUUCGCCGAGGGUGCCCCUGAGACACUAAUGCGCGUCGCACUAUCACUAAUGCGGAGGAACGAGGCCAGAUUGCUGUCUUGCACCGAGCUCGAAGACGUGAUGCAGCUCCUCUUGUCCAGGGGGUUGUGGGAUUGUUACCACUACAACGCCGACGAGUUUGUGCAAGAUUUCGCCAGCCUCACCGGCAUUGUCACUCGAGAGAAGCUCGCCCAGCUGGAGCAGGGAUACCGCGAAUCUCUAGUUGCGACCGCCAACACCGCCCGCACGUCUGAUAUUGCAACCGCCGCCGCCCGAUUCCUCGGUCGCAUCUGGGCUUCGUCCGGUGCAUUCCCCAGGAGCUCAGGACUGGCUCCAGGUUUUAGUGCACCAUCAAGGCCACUGAGCAUGUUGCGACGCAGCACCUCCAAACAAAGCCUUGCCUCCACCCUAAACUCGGUUGAGGCAAGCUCCGCCAGUGUCAUGAGUUCAUCGUCGACAGAUGCCACUACUGUGUCAAGGGACUCUUCAAACACUGUCGAGGACGAUUCUGCAAGCCGCGAAUCAACCCCGGUAGCUCCCAAGGUCGCCGUCAGCAGUAGCAAAAACACAGACGAUAAACAUCUGCAUGGCCAGAUUGAAGAUCUCCUCACCGUGCUAAGCGAGCUGCAGCGUAAUCAUGCGCUGCUGUCAAACGAACUGAAACGCGAGCGGGAGGAGAGAGAAGAGGACCGAAAAGCUGUUCGAUCCCUCUUGGAGGGGCUCAGGAAGAGAGCAAGCCUCGCAGACGAGGAAUCGGACGAGGAGGAGGAUGAUGAUGAGGAGGAGGAGGAAGAUGAAGUAGAGGAAGAGGAAGGUGGAGAAGACAAUGCGCCAUCCGCAGAAGACUUGUCAGAGCUGCUUGAUAGAGUGGAAAGCCGCUUCGGCAGUGGAACUGAGGGCGACGAUGGCGACAAGAGCAAAUCUCCGCCAUCAGCAUCUGGCACAAACUCGGAAAUGCAGGCUGAGCUGCAACAGGCCAAAGACCAGCUGGCCAGUGCCAUGUCGCAGAACCAAAACUUCAGCCGGCAGAUACACGACUUGGACCAAGAAAUGUCGUCUCUGAAGGAGCAAAUCCGGGAAAGCCACAGCCACGUCAGGACCCUUCACCAGGACAAGCAGCGACUGGAGAAGCAGAUACAAGCUUUGCGAGCCAGGCCAGCAUCCAGCGACCCGGGCCUGGGCAGCCUUGAUUCCGGAACGGAAUGGACCCCCAAGCCACCCGCUGGGUUGAGGGAGUUUAAGCUCGGGCGCAGUAAGUCGAUGGCUUCUCAGGGCUCAACAUAUGACCGGCGAAAGUCGUCGGUGAUGCAAAGCAACGACCUGGUGCCACCGCUACCAGCGUCGAUGCCCCCGACACCAUUGGCGUCAAACGAGAGCAAGUCGUCUCAGAACGACCUCGAUACGCUGCUGAUGGAGCUUGCGCAGGCAAAGACGGUGCAGGCCAUUGCAAAGCAAGAGGCGGAAGAAGCGAAGCAGCAGCUGGAAGCGAUGAAGAAGAUGUACAACCACGCUCAAGCUCAGCUUCAAGCUCAGGCCCAAGCUCAAGGAGACAUUCCCAACGGUCCUGUAUCUCCAGGCUCGAUUAACGCUAAAGUUGCUGCGACUGCAGCUACGUCUCCCGGAUCAGGUGGUGGUGGUUUCUGGGGCUGGCGCAGGUGAGAAGAGCUGUAAGGCGAAGAGAGAGAGACGCAGAGAGCACUGCAUGGAAGAGAUGGGAUAUUAGCAUGCGUCAAUGGGGAAAGUCAAGUUGGAUUGAGAGAUAUACCCAUCUACGCACACAUUCGCAUGCAUCAACACACAGCACAGACACAGACACAGACAUAUAUGUAUAUAUAUGUAUGUAUCAUGUCGCCGUCUACUGGGUGCCUUGACAUUACAUGCGCACAUGGUUGAGAAUGACCCUCUUGCAUGGCUUGCUCAACCAUGUCGCAGUCAUUACACGGGGACACACAGUAUUCAGUACAUCACGACACAGCAGAAACACAACCACAGCACCGUUAUGAGAUGCAAGGACCUUUUACACCUUUGCAACACAACGAAUUAGACGGAAAGAGACAUAGUUUUCUCUCUCAUGAGGUAGACCAACGAACGAGUCACCUGCAUCUUUUGCUUUCUUAUCUCUCCUUUCAUCUAUGUAUUAGGGAAACAAAGCCCAUGUUUUAUGGAGCGGGUUUGUUUAUAUCUUUUUUUUUUACACUUUGUUUAGCACGGAGUUUUUCCUACUUGUUCUCUUGUUAUACCUUCCUUGAUGGUAUAGGAAAUGGGUCAGUCAAGAUGACAGUCAAUGUAUGCAAGCUACAAGGCUUGCCAGAUAGCUUUGAACAGAACAGACAUUAGCAGACGCGAAUACUAGCACACAAACACAAGUUGAGA